UUGUGGUACUGCUGUGAAGUAGCAGCCAAGAAAGCUCUUGUUCUGUCAAAAACGGAUUCAAAAUGUUCACAUUUACGAGCAUUUUAUUGCAACUUGCCAGUCGAAAUCAACUGAUUCGUGCAGGUGCUUUCCAGACGAUAUGCACCAAGUCAUCGAAUCGUGGCUCUCUCCUUGAGAUGGUCAAGAGCUUCAUCCCUCCCCUCCUUCCUGAGAGGCACAAAGGACAAGCGGGAAAAGUUGCAAUAAUUGGGGGAUCAAAGGAAUACUGUGGUGCACCAUACUUUGCAGCAUACACAGCGCUAAGAAUGGGUGCUGAUCUGUCGUACGUGUUCUGUUCCCAGGAGGCAGCACCUGUCAUUAAGGCGUUCAGUCCUGACCUCAUUGUCAUACCAGUAUUAGACCAUCCGUCAUCAGUCAGUGAGAUUUCACAAUAUUUAAACCGAAUGGAUUCCCUCAUCAUUGGUCCAGGCCUCGGACGAAAUGCUGAUAUACUUCAGAAUGUCAAGCAAGUGAUUGAUGAAGCAAAGAGGCGGAAUAUCCCUAUUGUCAUCGAUGCUGAUGGUCUCUUCCUGGUGUCGCAACAUCCAGACAUUGUGCAGAACUAUAAGAAAGUGAUUCUUACUCCAAAUGUAGUGGAAUAUGGACGUCUUCAUCAGGCUGUGUUUGGUUGUUCACCAGACUCCGAAGACCCGCAGGAUAAUUUGCGGAAACUGUGCCAAGCCAUGGGAAAUGUGACGAUUGUUAGAAAAGGGCUCGAGGACAUCAUAUCAGAUGGUAACAAUGUGUUGGUGUGUGAUUCUGAAGGCAGUCUGAGGCGCUGUGGUGGCCAGGGCGACCUGCUGUCUGGGAGUAUGGGAUUAUUCAACUUGUGGGCUCAUCGCGCUGCAGGGACAAGAGAAAGUUCAUAUCUCGAGACGUAUGGUCCAACAUUGGCAGCAGCAUACGGUGCUUGUCUGUUCACCCGAGAGUGCAGUCGGCUGGCCUUCGAAGUGACAGGGCGGUGUAUGGUGACAGCAGACAUGAUCAGUGAAAUACCAAGGGCCUUUCGAUUACUUUUUGAAUGAGACUUGAUUCUUGACACUUAGGACUAUUUAUGCAAAUGUAGAUAGGAUUGUGUGACUGUGAGAGCCUAGGGGCUAUGCAAUCGACUGACAAUUUGUUUUGUAAAUUCUCAUAAUGAUAUCUAUGUCCUUGAAUGUACAUGUGUAUAAGGAAAAUAUCUUUACAAUAAAACA